GGGAGAGAGAGAGCGGGAGAGAGAGAGAGCGCGAGCGAGGACGGACGGACGGACAGCCAGCACCUGUAUGAGGUCGGACAGCUCCAUCACUAAACCCCCCAAAAUGCCGCUAAACAUCACACACAUCUCUUUAUCACCCAGCCGCAACCCCGUUUCCACAGCAGCUUGAUUCCUUUUUGCCUUUGCCUUUUUUUUUUUUCGUUCGAGUAGUUAAAAGAAAAAGACGACGGAAUAAACAAGAGAGAGGCGAGAAAAAAACAUCCGCGAGCGGAUAAAUAAGAAAGAGGGGAGGGAAUGAAGAAGUUUAAUUUCCGCAAGGUGCUGGACGGGUUGACAGCGGCGUCGUCGCCGGCUCAGCCCGGUGGAGGUGGAGGUGGAGGAGGCGGCGGCGGCGGGAUGGGACCGGGGACUGGCGGCGGGACCGCGGGAGGAGGCAGAGCAGGAGCCGGGGAUGCAGACAUCUCCGAGACACUCACCUCGGAUCAUUUCCAGAUCUGCAAGACUGUGCGCCAUGGCUUCCCCUGUCAACCGACGGCCUUGGCUUAUGAUCCGGUGCAAAAAAUUCUGGCCAUUGGGUGUCGCACAGGAGCUCUACGAAUACUAGGUCGUCCUGGAGUUGACUGCUACUGCCAACAUGACAGCAGGGCAGCUGUGCUGCAUCUUCAGUUCCUGAUCAAUGAGGGAGCUUUAGUAAGUGCGUGUGCAGAUGACACACUCCAUCUGUGGAACCUUCGCCAAAAGCGUCCAGCUAUUCUUCAUUCACUCAAAUUCAACAGAGAGCGGAUUACCUGCUGCCAUCUCCCUUUCCAGAGUAAAUGGUUGUACGUGGGCACAGAGCGAGGAAACAUGUACGUUGUAAAUAUUGAGUCUUUUGUCUUGUCGGGAUACGUCAUCAUGUGGAAUAAAGCAAUAGAGCUGUCUACAAAAAUUCAUCCUGGCCCUGUUGUUCAUUUAAGUGACAGCCCAAGGGACGAGGGGAAACUCCUCAUGGGGUUUGAAAAUGGAACGGUUGUAUUGUGGGAUGUGAGGUCAAAGAGGGCAGAGUUUAGAUUAUAUUAUGAUGAGGCUAUCCAUUCUAUCAGCUGGCAUCAUGAAGGGAAGCAAUUUAUGUGCAGCCAUUCAGAUGGUAGUUUAACCCUUUGGAACUUGAAAAACCCAAGCAAACCCUUUCAGAUAAUAGUACCACAUGGUAAAGUCCAGCGAGAUGGUAAGAAACCUGAGUCUUGCAAACCAAUCCUAAAAGUAGAUCAUAAGACUUGCAGAAAUAGUGAAACAUUUAUUAUUUUUUCUGGAGGUCUAUCCUAUGAUAAAGCAUGUAGAAGACCCAGUCUGACAAUUAUGCAUGGCAAAUCCAUUACAGUUUUGGAAAUGGAUUAUCCCAUUGUGGACUUCAUAACUCUCUGUGAAACACCAUAUCCAAAUGAAUUCCAGGACCCUAAUGCCGUGGUUGUAUUACUUGAGAAAGAUCUAAUCGUUGUUGAUCUUACGCAAAACAAUUUUCCUCUCUUUGAAAACCCGUAUCCAAUGGAUGUGCAUGAAUCUCCAGUGACUUGCUCUGAGUAUUUUGCAGAUUGUCCUCCUGAUUUGAUACCUGCCCUCUAUUCUGUGGGAGCCAAACAACAAAAACAGCAGGGAUAUAGCACAAAGGAAUGGCCAAUCGGUGGUGGUACUUGGAAUUUGGGUGCACAAACAUAUCCUGAAAUCAUCAUAACUGGACAUGCAGAUGGUUCUUUGAAAUUCUGGGAUGCUUCAGCAAUAACUCUUCAAGUAUUAUACAAACUGAAAACGUCAAAAGUGUUUGAAAAGCAGAAGGUGAAAGAUGGAAAGCAGACUGCAGAGAUUGUGGAAGAGGAUCCCUAUGCCAUCCAGAUGAUCAGUUGGUGUCCAGAGAGCAGGAUGUUUUGUGUUGCUGGCAUCUCAGCGCAUGUCAUUGUUUAUAGAUUUAGCAAACAUGAAGUUACAUCCGAGAUAUUGGCUCUUGAGCUGCGAUUACAGUAUGAAGUUGAAGACAUUGUUACUCCAGAACCUGAAUCUGCCGUGCCAUUCACUGAUGCAUCUUCUCAGCUCUCAUUUUCAAAGACUCCAACAUUAUCUGGUAGUGCAAACGCAUUAGCACCAGAGGGAGUGAAAGACAGCAUCCCAUGUCUCAAAGUGAAAACUCGUCCUGUCAGAAUGGCUCCUGGAUACCAGGCUGAUCUCAUCAUUCAACUGGUGUGGAUUGAUGGGGAACCACCUCAACAGAUCACCAGCCUAGCAGUUAGCUCUGCCUAUGGCCUUGUGACCUUUGGAAACUGUAAUGGUUUGGCAGUUGUGGACAUUAUGCAGAAGACCAUUCUACUUAGUAUGGGAACAAUUAAACUCUAUGGUACAAGUGACCCACUUCAACGCCACCUUAAAUCUCCCCGUAAGAGCAAACAGCUCACUGCAGGUUUGAAUGAACUCUUGGAUACUCCUGGCUCACUGGAGGUUGAACGCUGCAAAUCACCCACUUCAGUAAAAGGACCAAGAAAGUUAAGUCUGCCGACAGAUCUUAAGACUGAUCUCGGAUCUGUGAAAGGUUCCUGUUUUGAAGGGAAAUCAGCUGUUUCAAAGAACUCAGUGAAAACUUUUGAGAAGACUAGAACAAUAUUUGAAGAUCACGUCAAUGGAGUGUGCACGAGCCCUACCUCUCAACCCAGCAACACGGGAAAGCGCCUUUCCAUCGCAGAUACGUCAAAACUGAACCGCCGUGGACCAGGGAGGCCACCGUUUCGCAAAGUACAGUCAGCUGCCUGCAUGGAAGUCUCAUUGCCACUCACCCACACAGAAGAAAGUAAAGAAAAUUCUUUUAAUCGGUCAAGAAGUUCCAGUGUCUCCAGCAUUGACAAAGAAUCGAAGGAAGCCAUAACUGCUCUCUACUUCAUGGAGUCCUUCAGCCGAAAGAUGGAUUCAACGCUCUCGCCAUGCCUUUGGCUUGGUACCAGUUUGGGUACAGUGCUAGUUAUCUCAUUGAACCUUCCUCCAGAGGAGCAACGAUAUUCAGAGCCACUCACGGUUUCUCCCAGCGGCACUGUGUUAAUGUUGAAAGGAGCCAUACUAACAUUUGCCUCUUUGGAUUCGCUGGGCAGUUUAAUACACCCCCCAUAUGAGGUGUGGAAGGAUCCCAACAGUGAAGAUAAAGAUGAUAAAGCACGGAAAAGAAAACUAGUAAGAUUUUCACCAUCUUCCUCUCAGGAGAUGGGGGACCACCAGUAUGUAGUGCUCUGCUCUGAGAAACAAGCCAAACUCUAUUCCCUUCCUUCUCUGUGCUGCUUAUAUGUACACAAUAUCACUGAGACUUCCUUUGUAUUAAGAGCAGACAUCGUAACAAUGUGCAACAGCAUCUGCCUGGCUUGCUUCUGUGCUAAUGGACAUAUUAUGACCUUAAGCUUGCCAAGCCUCAGACCAUUGCUGGAUGUAAACUACUUGCCUUUAACUGAUAUGAGAAUAGCCCGGACUUUCUGCUUCACCAACAGUGGACAGGCUCUGUAUCUGAGUUCACCCAGCGAGAUCCAGCGAAUUACCUACAGCCAGGAGAUGUGUGAAAAUCUUCAGGAAAUGCUGGGAGAUUUAUUUAUUCCAAUCGAAACUCCAGAGGCCCAGAACAGAGGUUUUUUGAAGGGAUUGUUUGGCGGAAGUGCCCAAACAUUUGACAGGGAAGAGUUAUUUGGAGAGGCUUCAGCAGGCAAGGCAUCUCGUGCACUUGCCCAGCACAUCCCUGGGCAGGGUGGCCUUGAGGGUGUGAAGGGUGCUGCGUCAGGAGUAGUUGGUGAUCUAGCCCGUGCUCGUAUUGCUUUGGAUGAGCGUGGACAGAGACUGGGGGAAUUGGAGGACCGGACAGCUGCUAUGAUGUCCAGUGCAGAGACCUUCUCCAAACACGCACAUGAGUUGAUGCUCAAAUGCAGAGAUAAGAAGUGGUAUCAGUUCUGAAGACUUCAAGAACAUGUAACUAUGUGUAAAUUCAAUAAUGCCAUUCAGGGAAAUGGAUGUUGCCUCCUUCCAUUGGUCACUGCAAAGGAAAUGACUUUUCUCCUCAAACUCCUAUUCACAAAAAAUGAUUUGUAAAAUAAAUAGACACAUUUUGUGUCCACAAAUGAAAGAACAAAGGCUUAACGCGAGGUCAGUCCUUUGAGACGAAGAUUUGACGCUGAAGUUUCCAUUUCACCAAACUGCAAUAGUGAACUCUCAUUUUGUUUAGAUAGAGCUUUUCCCUCACUCAGAGCAGGGAAAGUAGCAACCUGUACAGAUUUGAAUGAUAAUGCUCAUAGAAAAAGUCGACUUACUUUAAUACCUUGCAUGGAAACAACACCAUCCUUACAAUGAUAAACAAAAGCAUGUUACGAUGGAGAUGGGAGAUGGAUUUCAUUUCUAGCCUUGACAGAAUAUAAAAGAAAACAAGAAAAAUAUUUAUAUUUUUAAAUCUGCAUAGCAAGGCCAAAAGUGGCAUGUGAACUACAACAGAGAAUUGACUGUUUGAUUGCUGAAUGAAUGGACAUUUGGAUGUGCUGUUCAACAAAACUGAAAACUGUUAAAUAACAGAUAACCUGGCAGUGAAUCUUUAAAUGUCAUUAAAACUUCCCUGAGCUACAA